GCGCAGUCCCGCAGCAGCCGCCAAGCCCGCCCCCGCCCCGGAUGCGCCGCGGCUGAGGCCCCAGCGAAGGGUUCCCCGGGCGCCGGGCAGCGAGGCGGGCCCCCUCCCGCUCGGCAUGGGGGUGCGGCCGCCGCCGCCGCUGCUGCUGCUGCGGGCCGUGAUCGUGGGCCCGCCGGGCUCCGGCAAGGGCACCGUGUCCUCCCGCAUACUCAAGCACUUCGCCCUGAAGCACCUCUCCAGCGGGGACCUGCUCCGGGACAACCUGCAGAGAAGGACAGAGGUCGGUGUCAUUGCCAAGACCUACAUCGAUCAAGGGCAGCUUAUUCCAGAUGACAUCAUGACACGGUUGAUGCUGAAUGAGCUGAAAAAUCUACACAGGUAUCACUGGCUGCUGGAUGGUUUUCCCAGAACAGUUCCACAGGCAGAAGCUCUGGAUGAAACAUGUCAGAUAGAUACUGUGAUUAACUUGGAUGUGCCAUUUGAGACCAUUAAACAACGGCUCACUGCACGCUGGAUCCAUCCUGGUAGUGGCAGAGUCUACAAUCUUGAAUUCAAUCCUCCCAAAGAUGUUGGCCUUGAUGAUAUUACCAGAGAGCCACUUGUUCAGCGUGAUGAUGAUAAGCCAGAGACUGUUACAAAGAGACUGAAGGCUUAUGAGGCACAGACAAAGCCUGUUCUGGACUAUUACCAUUCAGCAGCGACUACCUCAGAGCGCUUUUUCUCCUUUGGAACACACCAGAUCUGAUAUGGUCACUAACUUCGCUCUCCCUUUCAUGUGUACCACUCUAGAAACAAAGCAUGAAACCUUUGACAUACCUAGGUUCUUCUUUUAGAAAACAGAAGGUUGCUCUUGCAGCUGAACUCUUACAUGGCAACAAUGUUGCCAAUACACCUCCACCAGGACAACCUUUGAAGUGUCUUUCAACUCUGAAGUGGAGAUACUGAUUUGUCUACACUUGUUCUUUUGUCUCGCCUUUAGAAAAAAAGGUGUACUGGAAUCUUUCUCUGGAACAGAAACGAACGAGAUCUGGCCAAUGGUGCAUGCUUUCCUCCAAACCAAAUUACCAGAAGUGAGCUAACAGGAAGCUGCCCCACACAGAUGAAGUUGGGUCUUUGUUGGUAAGCACAAGCUACCAGCUGUCUCCAUUUUCAGAAUGAUUGUCUAGAAUAUUAGAAACUUGCAAAAAUCAUUGUUCUGCUUUACUGUUUGAUAUGAAAAAACAGAUCAGUAGCUAAGAUCUAAUCUCCAACAGUCACCCCUCAGCUUUUCAACUUUGUGCAUUCAGAUUUUUCACUUCUGUAUACUCAUUUUAAAGCUGUAUUUUUAUAUGCAAUUUACCCAAUUCUUGUAAAAGUGACCAACUGUAAUAAAAAGCAACUAGUUUCAUGUCUGUGCAUUUGCCAAAAAAACAUUUUCUGAAAUGCUUCUCAAUUUUUAGAAAAAUGAAUUUGAGUAAAGGCACCAGCAUUUUUUUUCCUCAACAUGAUACAUUAGGCAAGAUGGCUUAAAAAAACCCCCAAACUCAUGAGUAGAAGUGUUCAAAAUUCACAUUAGUGUCAACUGCUCAUGCUUACCAAGCACCUUUCAGCAAAUGUAGAACAAUGCAUAUUUAUACUGUAGAAAAGAUGCCGUUAGCUAGAUACUGUGGAUACCAAAGUCAUGUAGUGAAAGUGGUGUAGCUGCAGGCUCAGUAAGGAAAAUAGUAACUCAUAUUGAGAGCUGGUUACAGUUCAAACUCCUUUACUGUUUGUAGCAGGAGGUUGUCUUGAUAGCCUCAAACUGGAUCAUUGUCAGAGGGUAAAUCACACACUGAUAAAAUUUGCAGAUAUUUGUAUCAGUGGUGUUAACAGUAACCCAAUGCACCAUUCCUCAUGGAAUUAAUUUAACAGGCAAUGGAAAAUUAAAACUUUGCUUAUCAUGGAUGUUGUACCUCACCUGGUCCACUUUCACAAAAUGGCUUAGGAAGAUGGUGACCAGUCACUUUGAACAGUUCAGAAAAUUCAUCUAGAAAACUUAAUCCAAAACCCAUUUAAUGAAAGGGGAAAAACCUUGACAGCUGUAAGAUUUAGGCACACCAGUGCAGAGCAUACCAGACUUAAUAUUCAAAGCAAUGAAUUUGCAAUGUGAGGUCAAGAAAAAGGCCAAGAUAACUUUGGCUACAUUCCUAGCUCACAAGAAGAUCAUUCUCUGUAAGGAUUAGUUCCUCCUAUUAGGAGAGAGUGAUAAAAUGAGUUCAGGAGAGCUACUGCAUUACAAGGGAAGAAAAUAGGGCCAGAUCCACAAAGGCACGUAGGCUCCUGACUUCCCUUAAAGUCAAUGGAAGUUAAGAGUACCAGUGCCUUUCUGGAGCUGGCCCUAGAUAUUACACAUUUAGUUGGACUAGAUAACUACUCCAGCAGAAGCAGCACAUAGAUCUAAUUGCCUGAAGGAAGACUAAUAAUUUGGGCUUGUACUCCUAGAAGUAAUGGAAUGUAAUUCAGAAGAGUCAAGUUUAGAACAAAAUGUCAGAAAAAAUUUGCUCAUGAGAUCAAUGAGGCUUUAGCCUGGCUUCUUAUGUUAAAUAAGAAGCCAUGCUUAUUUGGGAUACUUGAUUAGACAAAGUACUAGAAAGCAUACUAAAGAAAAUGGAUUAGAUAUCUUAUUUUCAUGAAUACAGUGAAUCCUGAACAUUGACACUAUACAACAGUCAAUUAGGGGCUCUGGUCAUCUUAAAUUUCAGUCACACACAGCACUACAAUAAAAUGCUUUAUUACAGAAAAUUAAAUCUCAUUUCCAAAGCAGAGGGGGAGAAUCUUGCCACAAGAGUAUACCUUCAAGCUGCUUUGAUUAAACAUAUUAGCUAUGUUUUGUCAAGCUAUCUUGAAGCCUUUUUAUCCACAUUUAAAGUUACAAAACUGACCUUUUUUGUUAUUUCACUCCACCAAGUUACAACAUUAACAAAAUUCUGACUACCUAGUUGCACCUAGAAGAGUCCAACUGGUUACACUCUGGUUACAUUUGGUAUGGUAGAGUGCAACUUUAAUCCUCAGUUAAUGAGGUUAUAGAGCAGAGAUAUUAAAACAGUAGGGUAACAGUCUCUCCCAUAAGAUUAAUAGAGAUGAGUACACUGCAUGUUUUGGUGGUAGAGAACCAGCCUCAUUCCCAUUCCACACUGGACUUUGAUGGCUGAGGUCAAUAACCCUCUAAGCUUGGCUCUUUCAAAUACCCAGCAGUCCAGAUUUUUGUAGCUACUGCUGGUCUUUACAAUGAACUCUCAUACCCAUUUUUUCAGCCUUACAGACUCUGCUGAUUUCAUUUCCCUCAAUCCCACUUCUUCAGAAACUAGUCAGCAAGAUCUAGGUACAGAAGUCAAUCAAUCACAUCCAGAUAGUUCAACUUUAUGGAUCUGGUAUAACUGGCAGCAGACUAUGCUGCUGACAGCAUCACUCCUCACUGCUGUUGAUCCAACAAACAGGUCAUCUAGUAGUAGUGCCUGCAUAGUUUAAAUACUUUACAGUAGGGUUUUUACUCCAAAGUAUUAACACCACCAGUACUGACACAGUCCAAGAAAAGCAUCUGAAGAAUUUGGAAAGCUUUUCGUUUGUUAUAAGCAUAAGGCUGUUGAGGUAGGUACUAUUCAGUUUGGGUCCUUUUUUUU